AUGGCGCCUCCGACUGAGAAUAGCUUGUUGCCAAAUGAUCAAACUUGCAAUCCCGCAUGGUUGUCUCUAGCUCUGCAGGAUCCAUCUAAAGCAGAGUUGAUCAGGACUACAACCCUUGAACUUCAAGACCAGGGCUUUCUUGCUAUACUCUCGCGACUUGCCGUGCAUCUCUGCAAAAGAAACAUCGAUCUGAUUAAAGGUCGUGUCUUGGUCCAGACCAGCCCUUCAGCUGCAUACAACUUCCAAGAGACACUGGAUCAUGCUCGCAUCUACGUAUCUGAGUUUGAAAGGGCUGGGAUCCCAAAGGACCGAUAUUGUAUCAAGAUCAUGGCUACAGGUCCUGGGGUGAACGCAGCCAAGAUUCUUCACGAUGAAGGAAUUUCGACGCUGGGAACAGGCGUGUUCAGCGUGGUCCAGGCAGUGGCAUGCAGUCAGGCGGGUUGCUUGUAUAUCAGCCCAUAUUACAAUGAGAUACGAACUCACCUGGAUCCAUCUCUGUGGCCUGAUGUCCAGGACCCAGCAUUGCAGCAUCCAUUUUCGCAUCGCAUCGCCCAGAUGGUCCAAGCAUACAAGACUUUGUUUGCUGCCACAGGUAAAGAACAGCCAUUGAUUAAGAAUGCCGGCUUUCGCUCCUACGAGGAAGUUCUCGCCUCGUCUGAACUCGGCUGCCAUUCUGCAACCAUCUCCCAAGAUCUGUUGGAGGAGGUUGAGAAUCUUACACCUGAAAAUAUUAUACUACCAGCCCCUCCAAAGAUGGCUAGCCUGAAGAGUCCUUAUGCUGAUGAUGUACCUAUCCCGUCGCCCAGACUGUCUGCGCUGCUUAGUCGCCACCUGGAUGAAGAGAGAGGAUGGUCAGCAAAGGAUCUGACAGUGGACUUGUUGGCUGAUGGAGGAAAGGCGUUAGAUCAAGCUCUGGAAAAAGACUCGGAAGCCGCUCGCAUGGUUAAGGAGGCUUUGGAUAUGUUUGUCUUCUGUGAAGAGGAGACCAAGAAGCUGAUCAAAGGGACAGCGUUACUUGCAAGCUUAUGA